AAAUAAAAAAAGAAAAUACAACAUUAUGAGAAAUUUUAUCCACCAUACAUGAGAGGUCACCAUUCAAAUUUUUUGAUUUGAUUUUGCUAAAACUCAAUGGCCAUUCACAGUUCUGAAAUAAAUAACAAUAAUAAGCAUGUCAAAUUGUGUCUCUUUUUCUCCAAUGAGUUCUUCAUUCCUCAACCUUACAUUUCCAUUUUUCUCCAACAAUUAUCCCCAUUUCGCCCAAAUCCAAAUCCAAACCCGCAACCACCAACCUCUUCUUCUUCGUCGUCGUCGUUUCCGCGGUUUUGGUUUUCUCAGAGAAGCUAAAUCCUCAAGUAAACGAUGCCGUUUGGCUCCUGCCAUGGCCAGCUCCAUGGAGCUUCCACUCCUUCCCUUUGGCUUGUCUGAGGUUCUUGUUCCCUCUGAGAGUAAGACAUUGCAUUUAUAUGAAGCAAGAUAUCUUGCUCUGCUGGAAGAGUCAUUGAUGAAAAAGUCCAAGCUUUUUGUGCAUUUUAUAUUGGAUCCCAUCAUGGUUGAUGAGGCGUCGGCUGAACCAUCAUUUGCAGCCAGAUAUGGUUGUCUGGUUCUAAUUGAAAAUGUCGAAAAAUUAGAUGUUGGAGCACUAGUCUCUAUAAGAGGAGUUGGUCGCAUCAAAAUUGUGAAAUUUGCACAGGCAACUCCAUUCUUGAAAGGUGUAGUCAUACCAGAGAAGGAUGGUGAUCCUGAGAGUUUAAGCAGAUUGAGCUCAAAAGUUUCAGAGAUGAAGGAGGCUCUUCAUAGUUUGAACAGCUUAGAGAUCAAAUUGAAGGCACCAAAGGAGGCACCAUUGCAGACUCGCACAGCAAACUCACUGGCCUGGGCUGAGAAGACCCCAUCUAUAGAUUGUGAUGAAGCUUUCAUUCCAUCAUUGUCUGAGCGUUUGUCUUUUGCUGGUUUUCAACCUGUAACAGUUUGAUAAUCAUAGGCAACCGGGAAUGAUAUCUUUGAUUCAGGUUUUCUAAGUUUGUCACUAGUAAAAGUACAAUGUCACAAUCGCAUCUCAUUACUGUCGAGCUAAAAUACUAGUGUAAGUGAUUCCUGCUCUAGCUUCGUAAGUUAUUAAGUAUGGCUUUGUGAAGAUUAGUUAGUUGAGAGUUUGUUAAGUGAGCCUUCAUUGAGUGAGUUAGUAAGGAAUUCGGUUAUGACAGGUUGUCAUAACAGUUAUUGUGUAACUAGCUCUAUAUAAGCUUGAUCAUGCUUAUUGUACAGUGUAAUCUUUUCGAAUCAAUGAUAUUCAUUUGUCUCUCUUUAAUUACACUAAUGAUUAUCAGCAUUUUGCAAAAAAUACAAAAUUGGAACUGAUCGGGGCUUUGACAGGAUCAACUGAAUCCGAACUUCUAAAGUUGCAGAGUAAGAAGCUACAAGCAAUGGAGGUUAAAGACACAAUUAACAGGCUAGAUGAAUCUCUAGAGUUAAGUAAAGAAAAUGUUUCUAGGGUUGCUGCCAGACUAGCUAUACAAUCAUUGGAAAUACAGUGAGUUAUGACAGGCCUAUCUGAUUCCUCCCUCAGGUAUAGGAUAAAAUAGAUCAGUUUUCCCCUUAAAUUUUCGCAGACAGAAUGAAAUAUUUAUUUGUAAUUGGUGUUCUAAAUAUGAUCUUUAGGACAUACAAACACAUUUACUGUGAAAUGUACAAAUUAAGUAAUGUCUCUUAUUUGGCUUUGCAUUUUACCUUUUGUACUAUAUAUAUGAAGUUGAAAUUCAUUUUCAAGU